AUGGCAGCAGGAGAACGGAGCAAAUCGCCUGGAGGCGAUCGCCAAACGGAACGAGUUCCAUCGACGCCUCUCCUCAAUGCCACGCUCGACUGCCCAUGGACAAUACCCCAUGGACACUCCUUUGACGUCACUCUCAAGGUCUCAUACGAGGGACGAGUCUCCGAUACGCAUGAACUGGAACUCACAGAGCGCUGCAUCAUUUUCUAUACAUAUGAUUUCCAAUUCCCCAGCGGUCUCCGCGAGGGCUUCCGUCUCUGGUGUCAACGACGGUCCGAGACAUCGAUCAGCUCGCAUGAUGACGGCAAAUGGGUUGAAUGCAGCAUUCCAGACGACGAUACUUUCCUGAUCGCCGACGACCCUCCCGUCGACGUGCGGGUAGGCGAUGAUGUCGACAACUUUGUCACUCUCCGCGUGGGUGAGACGUGGACCUUGACGAAGAGCUUUGACUGGGGCUCGCUCCCCGACGACACUGUGCCCGGCGAUGUCUUUUCCCUUAUGUUCCAGGACACCAUCGUGGAUUGGUGGGAUUGGGGGAGCCAAGGGCAGGAGUAUCGAGACACAGUCGUCAAAUUGCCGUGCUGGAUCGUCGGACCUGUUGUCGACCCGGCUGAUAAUGGAGGUCGGCCGCGACUGUUGGUGCCGGGAUCGGCGAGAAGAGUCGAGUUUACAGUAGUCGUAUCAAAUUGA